AUGGAAGUGAGAAAACAGACAGUGCAGGCUGAAAAUGCUCAGACUCGCAAAUUCACAGACAAGCAUGAAUGGAUAUCUGUGCAGAAUGGCAUUGGAACAGUAGGAAUCAGCAAUUUUGCACAGGAAGCAUUAGGAGACGUUGUUUACUGUAGUCUUCCAGAAAUUGGGACAAAAUUGAGUAAACAUGAUGAGUUUGGGGCUUUGGAAAGUGUGAAAGCUGCUAGUGAACUCUACUCUCCUCUCUCAGGAGAAGUGACUGAGAUUAAUGGUGCCCUUGCAGAUAAUCCAGGGCUCGUCAAUAAAUCUUGUUAUCAAGAUGGUUGGCUUAUCAAGAUGACAGUGGAAAACCCUGCUAUAGCUGAUGACGAAGAUGCCUAUGAGAAAUACAUAAAAUCGAUUGAGGACUGAGCUGGAAUGAUGAAAUAAAUCCAUAUAAAAUA